GUAGCACCGCCCGGCGCCCUUUAGGGCUGGAGCAGCCCCGGUCUCCAGGCCGCUAAACGCCGUUUUGGACAACCCCAAACCCGCCCCCACAGGUUUCCAAACGGUGGCGGCUCUCCUCCCCAAGCACAGGCAUCAGGGCUUCCUGGGUUGACAUUCGGCUGCCCCUGGGCACUUCAGAGCGUCCUAACCUAUAAGCUUUACACUUACCUUGCAGGGUAAUCGUGAGGCUUAGAAAUGACAUGAGCAGGGCCUAAUGCGGAGCUGGCACAUUCCUCAAGUCACCGGUUAAAAGAAAGAAAACGCUACUCAAGGUCCUUGUCGGAGACGAGCACUGGGUCUCACUCCCUCGCGUGAUCCUGUGGGAGGCUCUGUGAAGACCUGGUUCUCCCCGGAGACAACUUCAUCCCAGAAGAACUUCACCUAGAAGGACGUGGCAGGCCAGAUGAUGCCUGUAGAGCUGGGGCAGGCCCUCGUCCUGCUGCCACCGCUGGCAAAGGCAGAGGACUCCCUGGUCUCUGGACCAGAUGCUGCCCCUCGAGGGGAGCCCUCCAGCCCUGAGGCUGCACGCCAGCUUUUCAGGCAGUUUCGUUACCAGGUGAUGUCUGGGCCCCAGGAAACCCUGAGACAACUUCGGAAGCUCUGUUUCCAGUGGCUGCAGCCAGAGGUUCACACCAAGGAGCAGAUCCUGGAGAUCCUCAUGUUGGAGCAGUUCCUGACCAUUCUGCCCGGGGAGAUUCAGAUGUGGGUGCGGAAACAGUGUCCCGGCAGCGGAGAGGAGGCAGUGACCCUGGUGGAAAGCUUGAAGGGAGACCCCCAGAGGCUGUGGCAGUGGAUCAGCAUCCAGGUUCUAGGACAGGACAUCUUACCCGAGAAGGAGGAGUCUGCAGGCUGCCAAGUGGGGGAAGUGGAGUCUCUUCUUGAAGUGACACCUCAGGAGCUGGGACUUGGGAAUUCACCCUCUGGGCCCGGGGAGCCACUGAGCCACAUGGUGAAGGAGGAGUCUGAAGCGGAACAAGAGCUAGUGGCUGCUUCCCAGCUUCCUGCCCAGCCUGAGGAGAGGCUCAUCGGAGACCAGGACUUCGGAACCUCACUUCUCCACACGGCACCUCAGGAGCACUGGAAGCACCUGGAUUCCAUUCAGAAGGAGCAAUACUGGGAUCUCAUGCUGGAGACCUAUGGGAAAAUGGUCUCAGGAGGCAUUUCCAAUUCCAAGCCUGACCUGACUAAUUCAACAGAGUGUGGGGAAGAACUGGCAGGACUGCACCUGCAUGUCAGUGAGAAGAUCCCAAGACCCACCUGCAGAGGAGAUAGACAGGAGAAUGACAAGGAAAACCUAAACUUGGAAAAUCACAGGGACCAGGAGCCUCCAGAUGCCCCCUGUCGCGCCUCAGAGGAGGCGCCUGCUCAGGCUUCCCUGAGUGGCCUCUUCACUGAAGAGGAGCCGAGUCGCUUUGGAGAAGAGAAUCUCCCUGAGGCUCAGCAAAGCCUUCCAAGCGAGGGAGUAGGGGAGCAGCUCUCUCCUCAAGAAAGGAAAUCUGGGAAGCAGCGAGGCCGUCAAGUGCCUAAGCCUCAUCCAGGGGAACUGUCCGUGCUGUGUCUUGAGGGGAAGAGAGAGGCCUCGCCUAAAGGGCAGCUGAGAGCCCCCAUGGCCCAGAAACUGCCCACCUGCAGGGAGUGUGGGAAAACCUUCUACAGGAACUCUCAGCUUGUUUUUCACCAAAGAAUUCACACAAGAGAGAAAUACUUCCAGUGCCUCAUCUGCAGAAAAGCCUUCAGGCGGAGUUCAGACUUCAUGAAACAUCAGCGAAUUCACACGGGAGAGAAGCCCUGUAAAUGUGACUACUGUGGGAAAGGCUUCAGUGACUUCUCCAGAUUGCGCCACCACGAGAAAAUUCACACAGGAGAGAAACCCUACAAGUGUCCCAUCUGCGAGAAGAGCUUUAUUCAAAGAUCAAACUUUAAUAGGCAUCAGAGGGUUCACACAGGAGAGAAACCUUACAAAUGUUCCUGCUGCGGGAAAAGUUUCAGCUGGAGUUCCAGCCUUGAUAAACAUCAAAGGACCCACUUAGGAAAGAAGCCCUUUCAGUAGCCACGCGCGCUUAGCCCGUUUCUGUGUCCUGGCCCAUUUGAAACACGUAGCUCCCCAGGAGGAAUUAGGUCUCUUAGCAGAUAUCCCUGCUCUCUCUUAUGCCUGGAUGAGGGAAGAGAGUAUCUGGCCAUGGGUUUGGACUUGGAGAAUGUGACGGCCUGUGGAUUGGAUCUCAUGCUGGUUUAAUUUGUUGCUUCUGCGUCAGGAGACAGAAUAGUCUUUGUCUUUUAUUGCAUCUGUUUUUGGGAAGAGAUGGGAACAACCUCUCACUUGGAGGUCCCAUAUUAGAAGUGCUACCUGGGAGGAGGUUAACUGGAUUAGCCGCAGUUGCUGUCAUGGGAAGCACCUGGGAUCGGCCCUUUAGAGCUGGGGUCCUGGAGCAGGCCAUCUGUUACAGAAAGGGGGCAUAGAGGACCAGGAGCUCAGUGUGUUCUUUGUCAUAUUGGUGCAAAAUUAAUGUCCUGUCCCUCUUUAAAAAUAAACUUAGUAGAAUCACUCCUA